UAUUAGAGGAAUUAUGGAAAUAUUCCUGGAUUCUGGAUAUGUUUCAAUGCAUCAGUACAAUGAUUAUAAAUAAACCUUAUCUACUGUUUUUAUUGUUUGUUAUUAUUCUGGUCAUAUAUUUUUCGUUAUCAACUUAUAAUAGAGUCGUUGAUAUGACAGAUAUCGGUUAUGACGAUGAAAAAAAUGGAAGAAAAUUAUAUAGAAAACGAAUUCAGUUAUUAAAAAAUACAAAUAGAUUAAGAAAGACAAAUGAAUAUCCUCCCGUAUAUCCAAAUGGAUGGAUACCUUUGUUAGAAUCCAGAGAUCUACCUGUUGGGAAGUGCAAGCCUGUUACUGCUCUAGGUCAAGAAUUUGUUAUAUUUCGUGGAAAAACAGGUAAAUGCUAUGUUUUAGAUGCUUAUUGUCCUCAUUUGGGCGCUCAUUUAGGAACUGAUGGCAAAGUUCACGAGGAUUGCAUCGAUUGUCCUUUUCACGGAUGGCGAUUUGCUGGACAGGAUGGUUCUUGCGUGAAAAUACCUUAUGCCGAAAAAGUUCCAGAAGUGGCUAAAAUAAAAAGUUGGGAAACAAUCGAACAAAAUGGAUUUAUUUACGUGUGGCAUCAUGCAGAAGGUCAACAUCCUGUGUGGAAACCACCUGUUAUACCAGAAAUACAGAAGGGAUUAUCACAUUACAAGGGUCGUAGUGAACAUGUUAUUAAUUGCCAUAUUCAGGAAAUUAUGGAAAAUUUAGCAGAUUUUCCUCAUUUGGAGUGUGUUCACAAAUUUGGUACAGCAUCCGGGAUUAUUCUGCAUCCAGAAAAUUCGUGGAAAUUUAUUCAGGGUAAAGUGAAGAUGUACUACUGUCCAGACCGUGAACCAAAUUUUCACUGUGUCAAAUAUAAAGGAAAUGCUACUAUUAAAUUGUUUGGAAUAUCUAUACUACAAUUAGAACUUGAAAUUCAACAGAUUGGCCCAGCAAUAAUGCAAUUUUAUUUCAAAAGUUCACUUGGAAAUGGAAUGGCUGUUUGUGGCAUUAUACCCGAAGGUCCUUUUCGACAGAAAUUCAUUCACCAUUGUUACACUCCUUCUCGAUUUUCAUCCAUAUUUGGUUAUAUUCCUUUAUAUUUUGAAUCUAAUAUGAUCGAGCGUGACGUUCGCAUAUGGAACUACAAAAUGUAUUGGAAGAAUCCCUGUUUCGUGUCAGAAGACAAAACAAUUGCCAAAUUUAGAAAAUGGUACGCUCAAUUCUACAGCGAAAAUAGCCCGAAGGCUGAAGAAAAUAGCCUUAAUUGGUAAUUGGAAGUAAUUUUAUACUUUACAAGUUUGAAAUUAAUUUUAUUCGGUAAAUUUCUGGUUUUAUAAAACUUACCAUUAAUUUCCAACUGUAGUUCAUGAUAUAACUUUAA